CUUGAGUGCGCAUGUGCGACAUAUGUAAACAUUCAAGAUGGCUGCAGAGGAAGAGUAUAUUGGAACCUGGAAGAUUGUGGAAUGCGUGUCAUUAGCGGGAACAGUAGAAACCACCGGCAUAGAAGGAACUGAGUUCAUACUAGAUGAGAGUGGAGAUGUGUGUUGGAAAGUCUCAGAUGAUGUGGAACCUCUGCCUUUCUUCAACUGUGAAACAUACGAGAUAGUUCCAGAGAAGGUUUAUAGCUACAAGGCUAUGAAAUUCAUUGGGACAUAUGCUGGUCUAGAAGUGAACUUUAAGGUGGAGAUAUCAGACGACCUGAUGCUUCUUACGUACGAGAAAUGUUGCAUCCUGCAGUGUCAGAAGAUCUCAGCGCCAGACCCCAAGGAUGAUGUCCCAUACUCUUUCCUGGGGGCCCUAGAGGAAGGUUACUUCUCUGAUGUCAUUAUCACAGGGGACACCAGCAAACAGUUCCACGUCCAUUCCACAAUAUUGAAUCUGACUGCACCCGGUAUAGACUGGACCCAGUCCACUACUCCACUGACUGGUUUACCGGAUGAUGUGCUAGCGGCUACACUCCACUAUAUGUAUGCAGAAUGCUUGCCUAGGGGAAUCUCGGAAGACACUGUGAAGAAAUGUGUGAAACUUGUAUCCAAAUUACCAGAUCUGUCCGAAUUUGUCAAACUGUGCAAUAUUUUUCUACAGAAUACUGCCUUGAAACAACAAAUUACAUCCCUGAUAACAGACUUGCAUAACCGAGCCGACAAGAUCAUCCAGUUGUUCCGAGGCAUGAAACUCGAUGAUUCGGGUGAAACGGAGUCAGAACGCUCUGCCAACCCUGCAAAACUUUGCUACAUCACCAAACAGUGCCUCAGAGAGGCUGCCAUUGCAUGUGCCAACCUAUUGGUGGUGUGUGACCUUUUCUCCCGCCGGAAAGCGGAACUCUCUAGGGAAGAGCGCCAUGACAUCAUCAAAUAUGCACGGGCUAGGAUUCCAGUGUUCCUGAAGCAGUUCCACGAUUUGUUGAAGGAGUUGGGCGGCCAGCUGUGUGCCUUGAAUGCUCACCAGAGGGCAGACUUUGCCACCUACCUCGUACCAGAAAUUGAGACUGCCCUGGAGAUCUUCACAAAGUACGUGUCAAACAGCAAGUCAGCCUUAGAGCAGAUCAUUAAUGUCUCAGAGACAGAGCGCGGAGAAAAAAAUGAAAAGUCCCGGAAGAGCACCGUUGGAGAUGUCCUUGGGAAGACUCUAAAACAUGCACUUCAUGUACGAGAGCUGAAGAAACUGAAGAAACUGCAUGAGAAAUCUACAACAACGUUCUUUCACUUCAUGCAGAAAAAAGAGGCCUUCUGUUCAAUGUCGCAGUCAGCCAAGAUUAGAGAUAUCACCAAACUUUUUGAGUCAGUCGGCGACCUGGUUCACAUAUCACAGAACAAAGUUACAGAGUUCAUAGACUGUCUGGAGACCAAACUCUCUAUGAGGGACUGGAAGUACCUCUUUAAACUGGGCACCUCCAAAAUUUCUUGGGCGAUAUGCAAGAUUCUCCACAACCAGUCGAUGGCGCAGCCUCUUGUCAAGCAGGCGUGUGACCUUGUACACAGAGAGGAGUUCACCUCAGCCAUGACCUCUCUAGGUCUCCUAGCAACAGAGGUCAACCCAUCAGAUCAACCGUCAACCAGUAAGGGGGCAUCAGGUGCAAAACAUACUUCUUCAGUUGCUCAGAAAACUGAAUAUGUGCAAUUAGGCUCAGUGGAGUCCUUGUGUGUCCCCCCUCACGGACGUGACAGUCGCACAGCUACUCAGGCCUUCAAGCUGCUUCAGUCACAACAUCGCACAGAUCUCACCUUCGAAAUAAUUCAGACACACGAGACGGGUGACACAGUGGUGGACCACACUGCAGGUGGCAAUGUGGAACACAUGGGGUCAGAGGUCAAGGUGGAUGUCUGCAGCAUCCCCGCCCACAGGGUCGUCAUAGCAACCAGGUGUCACUGGUUCAAGAGGGCCCUACUCAGUGGCAUGAGGGAGUCAAUAGACAGGAAAAUCACAGUACACGACACGAGCCCUACAUUGUUCCGCAUGUUUCUUGAGUACUUGUACAGCGGGAGCCUCGAGAUGAAUGAGAUGUCCACUGAGCAGAUAGCAGAUAUGAUGACCCUUGCCGAUAGAUAUGAUACUGUGUGCCUGCGUUCCAAGUGUGAGUAUGCAUUGAGACACCACCUGGAUGAGAACACAGUCUUCUAUCUGCUCAGCCUGGCUGAUCAACUCAAUGCCAGAACUCUGAAGGAGAACUGCAUGUUGUACCUGUCAGAGAACCCACUGUUGUCAACAAGCGAGGUGUUCCCAGACCUUCCAGAGCACCUGCAAACAGAGGUGGAGGCAGUUACACUGUCCAAACUUGGGCCCCAUGAUCCAUCCAGCUCAGCUACGCCCAGCUCCAGCCUGUCAGAGCUAGAGGAGGUAGCAGACAGGAUGAACUUGGAGUCGCCUGGGUCGUCAGGGAGCUCCUCCUCAGACAGUCUGUCAGACUCAGCGCGCCUACAGGAAUGCGUGGAUGGGCUUCGUGAGGUCGUGGGGUCAGAUGUUCCCGACCAGGAGCUGGUCAGCUUGUCCCUUGCUGCCGACUGUGAUCUGAAUCGUGCAAUCAACUUCUUUUUCUCUUGAUGCUGUUGUAAUUUUUUCACAGAAUGCAACUUCACUGUGUCAAAAAAGUCCUAGCUUCUAGGUAAUGUGAAUGUAAGUUACUGCUAGGUAGGCUGAUGUUAAGAUAUUGUAAUCAGUAGCCAAACAAUAUGUUUGUUUUGUUGUUAAUUAUUUAAUAGAAGGUGUUACAAUUUUGCUCAUGGUCAAAUAGUUUUGGAAAUUGAGUGGUCAAUUAUGUUGCUGAAUACAAAAAAAAUUAAGAGCCAGUUUGACAUUUUAUUUGACAUUUUUGUAUUCAGUUCGGCAAGCAGCUUUUGUUCUUAUGCAAACUUAUGCAUCUGCAUGUACUUGCCCAUACACUAAGAUAAUUAUGUCUAUAACAUAUGCUUAUGCUUUUAAAAGAAAUCUGCUAAAUUGCUUAUUCAUAUGUUAAGUAGUGGAAGUAUGAUAUAAUAAGUUUUUAGUGAAAUAGGUUGAUGGAUGCAAGAUUUGUUCCCACUAAUUUCUAUGAAAACUUCUACUGUAAAAUAGUGCUUCUAAAAAGUAAAAGUAAGCAGUUUGUAAAUUGUUCACGCUUUGGGGACAAUAAUUUUUUCAGUUUUGACACAUUUCUAUUGAAUUAUAUGGAAAUGUCUUGACACUCUUCUCACUGUUUACGCUGUUCAGUGUGAUUCUUGUAUAUGUGUUCAUUCUUCAAAGUAUAACAUGUGUACUGUGUGUUUGAUAGGCAUUCCAUAACUUUAGUCUUCAAAUAGGUUUGAACAUCCAAUUCUUUGCAUUAAUUGUUCCAAGGCUAUCAUCCUGUUUUUAACCAUUUUGUGUUGAAAGUUAGUGUUUUGUUAUUAAAUUAGUGGAUAGGAACAAGAAUUCCUCUCUGGAUACAGUUUCAGGAGUUUUUCUGUUAGCUAUAGUAAAAGAACAAAAUAUGUUUACUUUUUGAUACAGAUAAAAUUGCAAUUAAACACUUGCAGGAUUCAAGAUCUUUUUUAUGCCUACAUAAAAAUUGGGGCAUAUUAUUUGAAUACCUAUGGCAGUGGUUGGACGUGCAGGGUGUGUCCUGGAGAAAGAUGUCUGCUUAUAAUCUCGGAACAAUUUAAAAUCAGAAACUCGUGAAACUUUGGGAUGUUUGUUGGCAUAAUAUCGGAAAAUGUUAUGGUAAAUUUUGUUGGCAUUAUGCCUUGGCCAUAUUGAAUAUGGGUCAUGCCGGGCAAAAAACCAGGUCACGUGGUCACUUGGUGCAUUUCAAACAUUCACCAUGUUGUCUGGUCCGCUCUCUAAUUCAAGUUGUUUUCAUCCGAUCUUCACCAAACUUGGUCAGAUGUUGUAUCUAAUGAUCUUAAGGCCAAGUUGUAUCCAGAUGAUGUCUAGGUAAAGUUUGAAUAUGGGUAAUGCCGGGUCAAAAAUUAGGUCACGUGGUCACCUGGUGCAUUUUAAACAUUCAGCAUGUUGUCCACUCUCUAAUUCAAGUAGUUUUCAUCCGAUCUUCACCAAACUUGGUCAGAAUUUGUAUCUAGAUGAUGUCUAGGUCAAGUUUGAAAACAGGUCAUGCCGGGCCAAAAACUAGGUCAUGGGGUCACAUCGUGCAUUUUAAACAUUCAGCAUGUUGUCCGCUCUCUAAUUUAAGUAGUUUUCAUCCGAUCUUUACCACACUUGGUCAGAAGUUGUAUCUAGAUGAUGUGUAGGUCAAGUUCGAACAUGAGCCAUGCCGGGUCCAAAACUAGGUCAUGGGGUCACUAAGUGCGUUUUAAACAUUUAGCAUGGUGUCUGCUGUUUUUUGUGAAAACAACAUGCACAAUAUUCUGUGUCAAUGCGGCAUGUGGGGGAAUUCGUCAUGCCUGUGACAAAGCACUAGUUUUCAUUCCAGUCAUGCUCUCUGUCAAUAUCUUUUUUGUCUGCUAUAUACCAAGUGUGCAGGGUUAUACUCAUUAUUAGAUGCUUUACGCAGAAGGAUGAUGUUUUAUUUGUAGUUGUUACAUGUAAAUAUAAUUUAUAAUGUUUGCAAGUCAAGGGGCUUAUUUAAGUUGAUUUCUUCGGAAAUACUUGCCUAUUAUGCAGUCUGCAGUCUCAUUUAAACCAUUCCCAAUCAGGCACUGAUAUAAAGGCAACAAAUAAUGGAGCAAAUGUAAGGAUUUUAUAUAGUGAGAUUUUUAUACCCCCACAAACAAAGUUAAGGGGGGUAUAUAGGAGUGAAGUUGUCUGUCUGUCGGUCUGUCUGUCUGUCCGUAUUAAGUGUCCGCUCUCUAAUUCAUCUAGUUUUCAUCCAAUCUUUACCAAACUUGGUCAGAAGUUGUAUCUAAUGAUCUUAAGGCCAAGUUCAAACAUGGGCCUUGCCGGGUCAAAAACUAGGUCACGGGGCACUUAGUGCGUUUUAAAACAUUCAGCAUGUUGUCCGCUCUCUAAUUCAAGUAGUUUUCAUCCGAUCUUCACCAAACUUGGUCAGAAGUUGUAUCUAGAUGAUCUUAAGGCCAAGUCCGAACAUGGGCCUUGCCGGGUCAAAAACUAGGUCACUGGGUCACUUAGUGCGUUUUUUAACAUUCAGCAUGGUGUCCUCUCUCUUAUUCAAGUAGUUUUCAUCCGAUCUUCACCAAACUUGGUCAGAAGUUUUAUCUAGAUGAUCUGAAGGCCAAGUUCGAACAUGGGCCAUGCCAGAUCAAAAACUAGGUCACAGGGUCACUUAGUACGUUUUACACAUUGAGCAUGGUGUCCACUCUCUAUUUCAAGUAAAUUAAAUCCGAUCUUCACCACACUUGGUUAGAAGUUGUAACUAGAUGAUGUGUAGGUCAAGUUCGAACAUAUGCCAGGCCGGGUAAAAAACUAGGUCACGGGGUCACUUAGCGUGUUUUAAACCUCACCAUGUUGUCCACUCUCUAAUUCAAGUAGUUUUUAUCCAAUCUUCAACAAAAUUGGUCAGAAGUUGUAUCUUGUUAAUGUCUAGGGCAAGUUUGAAUAUGGGUCAUGCCGGGUCAAAAACAAGGUCAUGGGGUCACUUAGUUCGUUUUAAACAUCACAAUGUUGUCCGCUCUCUAAUUCAAGUUGUUUUCAUCCAUUGUUCACCAAACUUGGUCAGAAGUUGUAUCUAGAUGAUGUCUAGGUCAAGUUUGAAUAUGGGUCAUACCGGGUCAAAAACUAGGUCACGGGGCAUCAUAGUGUCUUUUAAACCUCACCAUGUUGUCCGCUCUCUAAUUCAAGUAGUUUUCAUCCAAUCCUCACCAAACUUGGUCACAAGUUUUAUCUAAAUGAUCUCUAGGGCAAGUUUGAACAUAGGCCAUUUCGGGCCUAAAACUAGGUCACGGGUCACUUAGUGCAUUUUUUAACAUUCAGCAUGGUGUCCGCUCUCUAAUUCAAGUAGUUUACAUCCGAUAUUUAUCAAACUUGGUCAGAAGUUUUAUGGUGAUGAUCUUAAGGCCAAGUUAGAACAUGGGCCUCUCUGGGUCAAAAACUAGGUCAAGGGGUCACUUAGUGCGUUUUAAAAAAUUAAGCAUGGUGUCCGUUGCUUUUUGUGAAGACGACAUGCAAAAUAUUAUGUGUCAUGUGGGGGUAUUCGUCACGUCUCUGACAAAGCUCGUUCUGUUUCUACUUUGAAAAAAAAAAAGAAUGAAAACUGUUAAUCUUUACAUAUCAUGUUAAGUGUAUCAGUGUUUUUAGUUUUUAUUACUGUGAGGUAUUUGGCGUAGCACUUGUCUGUCACAAUGUGUCAGAUGCAACAUCUGAUUCCCUAGCUAAAGAUGAAUGGUCACUCUCAUCCCUGAAGGUCAAAGGUCAAACUGGGCUAAACAGCUGGCAAAGGUUACAUUUUAGGUCUAAAAACAUGUGAAUAAUUCAGGUGUCUGUGUUCAAACAUGUUUUGUUGGGGUAUCUUCUGUGAAACAACUAUAUUUUUCUUAACUUGAAGUUGGAAACAUUUUCCUAAUUGUUUGGAUCAGGAAAGCAGGAAAGCAGAAAUGUUUUUUUUUAAUAAAUUUGUUUUCAAGAUUCAAAGGGGUAGUAACAAUUAAAUACUGUUUGGAAAACCAAACAAAAUGUAUGACUGUUCAAAAUUAUUUUGUUAGCUUUUACAUUGAUGAGAUCAAUUUAGAUUGAAUUAUGGGCACCAUCUCUUUAUUUAGAACAAAGACCUAGAAUACAUGUAUUCUAGGUCUUUGUUUAGAAUUAUUGAGUUGGAAACUUAGAACUUUUGUAUGUCCCCCACCACUAUAGUGGGGGACAUAUUGAUUUUGCCCUGUCUGUUGGUUUGUUGCUUUGUUUGUUUGCGCCACACUUAAACAUUUUGCCAUAAAUUUUGCAAUAUUGAAGAUAGCAACUUCAUAUUUUGCAUGCAUGUGUAUCUCAUGGAGCUGCACAUUUUGAGUGGUGAAAGGUCAAGGUUAUCCUUUAAGGUCAAAGGUCAAAUAUAUGGGUCAAAAUCGCUCAUUUAAUAUACACUUUUGCAAUAUUGAAGAUAGCACCUUGAUAUGUGGCAGACAUGUGUAUCUCAUGGAGCUGCACAUUUUGGGUGGUGAAAGGUCAAGGUCAUCCUUCAAGGUCAAAGGUCAAAUAUAUGGGGACAUAGUGUUUCACAAACACAUCUUGUUUUUAUUAAAAUCAAUGUUUUUUUUAAUGAUUUUUUUAUUUGUUGUUGUUUUUGUAAUUUAUUUAUUUUUCCCUCUAAGUGAGGCAGAUAGUUAGGGUAAAAAAUAUAAUAUACCUUUGAAAAUUGAAUUUGGUCCUGUCUUUUUUUAAUGAAAAUAUUAUUAAUGAGAUUUAACAUUUACAAGACUAGUUACAUAUUACUUAUUUCUCUCUUAGUGAAAUAUGUUCCUGUGUGUAGUGAUAUAUUAUUGUUAUAUAUCUUGUUAUUAACUGUGCAAUGUUGUGAUGCGGUGAGAAAAUAUAACGUGUUCAAUUACUCCAAGCAACCCCUCCACUCUAAGCGAAGGUCCUCAUAUAUAUUUUUCUUGAUGUAUGUUAGCCGAGUUCUUAGAAAACUCGGCUUGUUCGUAAAGUUUUGCCCAGAUUAGCCUGAAAGUCUUCAGAUAGGACUCUUUCUUUCCCCUUGAAUGGGUUUUUGUUUUGAAGAGACUUCUUUGAAACAAAAAUUCCAUAAAAGCCGUGAGAGUCAUCCCUGAUUAGCAGGCUAAUCUGGGAUGACACUAAGCACAGGCAUAAAACCCAGUUUUCUAAGAACAAGGCUCAUAUAGCCUGUCAUGCAAGCCCCGAAAUAGGGAUGUCUUACAAUCAAUCUUUCAAUGGAAUUUAGUGUUUCCAUUCCAACCAGGACGGGCAUUGUAUACAUAUUUUAUUGCAUGCAUUUCAAAGACUAUCACUUUUGUAAAAUAUGUGGUUAUUGCAAACAUUAGAUAUCUGCAAAUCAUCAUAACAUCAUGGUUAAGAUUUAAUUUUUAAGAUGUUUAUUUAUGUAAUAACAAUAUCACUUUUUUGAUAGGUAAUGUAUUAUCAUAACAUAUGUACUUACAUAUAUUUAAUUGUCAAAUUUUCACUUAUUGUAAUUUUGUAGAACACACGAAGUGGCAUUUUUUCAUAAAUUUGUACUAAUAUUGUUUGCAAGUCUCAGAUUUAAUAUGUGGGUUUGAAAGAGGAGGGUUUAUGGGAACACUUGCAGAGAGCAGGCAGGCCAGGAGAAUGAUGCCGUCUCAAUAUUUACCUCAAACUGUUAAAAUCCAGUCAUUAUGAAACUUGGUAAAAUGCUUAUUUGCAUAAUAUGUUAGCGAAAAUCCAUAACCAGUAGGAUUGCCAAAAGCACUUCUGCAUUAUGGCCGUUAAAUUAUUAAAAAUAGCCUUAAUUAACCUUGUCCACUCUAACUCCAAUAUAUUACAUCGGAUCAUAAUAAAACGUUGUGGUUAUGUUUAUGAGCAUAUUAUCUCUACCAAGUUUGAUAAUCUGUACAUGAAGCCUUUAUUAGUCAUGGCCCCUCAAUUAACCAUAAUUUGCAAAAUUAAUGUUGUCUGCUCUCUAAUCAGUGAUUUCUAUUCAAUAACUUCUAUUUUUAUGAAGAUUUAUAUAAAGUAAGCUUAAAGAGACACCAAGCUUGUGAUUAAAUACGAGGCAAAUGAUUGUUGUUUUUUGCUACAGUUUUCAUGGAGCUGGUCCAUAAUAGUUUGUUAAGGUAGCGCACCUCUAAUGAUUUCCCGCGAUUUCUUCGAAGGUUGAAGAGCCUACUAUUAGGUGCCGUAGCCUAGUGGUUAAGGCGAUAGACUAGAAAUCUUUUGGGAUAUUCCCGCGCAGGUUCGAAUCCUGCCGACGACGUAUACUUUUUUGCGUCACGUUUUAUUUAUGUUCUAACGUAAUUUGAUUUAAUAUGGCAUAUAAGCUAUAUUUAUUGUUAAAUAUGUUGCAAUUUUUAUGCACAUUCUUCAAUUAUUAAAAUUAAAACAACGUUAUGGCGAAAUUGGGUGAUUUACUGUUGAAAAUACGAACCAUGCAUGCUGCAUUUUUAUUUUUAUUUCAAAAAGUAAACGGUAAAUCUGUCUAGUUCUUGGUAUUUUUGCUGUAUAUAGUGUUUCUAUAUAAAACUAAGUUUAAAAUAUGACUUAAAUGAUACUAUUUUGAAUUUUAUGACACUUUGUUUUUAACCGACCCAAUUUUUACUUGGCUGAAAUCACUUACAUUUCAUGGCGCUCUUCCAUAGAUAAAAAUUUGUUAAAAAUAAAUGUCUGUAAAAGAAUACUUAUUUCAUUUUGUUUAAACUUUAAACACCUUUAAAGCAUCUGUACACAUCAACUGCAUGUCCAUAUUUGGAAAUUUGAAUGAAUUAAGGAACUUUUAUAUACCCCAGGGGUGAAAAUAAACUGGACAAAAGCCGAGCGUGGGGGUGGUUUUGAAAAAAUCGGUAUAUUUUUUUAAAAAGCAUGGAAAGCCUACCUACAAAUUUGCAUGUAGUUCAGUGAAAUGAUGCUGAUUAAGAAAUUAAUUAAUUAGAUUAUAUUUGGAUAUGUGCCCAUUAGAGGUGCGCUACCUUAAUUCACAUAAAAAUUUAUUUCUGCUUUCUAUACGGACAUCAGAAGCAACACUGAUCAGAUAUGUCACAAAGCUGAUUUUUACACAACCCAACUGGUUUUGUGUCCAUAUCAAAAGUUCAUGUAGAUCUAUGCCAUUAUUGUAUAUGAAACAAAUGUUUUAUUUACAAAAAUAUUUUGAACAUUGCAAUGUUUAUUAUAAGUUUAGUUUGUAAAUGAUCAAAUUAAUGAUAACCCAAAUAUGUUAAGCUUGAUCUGUUACGAACAGAGUGUAUCAAAUUAAAAAGAAAAUUAUUCUGUAAAUAUCUCAGUUGGCAGGGUGGAACUUGACUACUUCGAGUGACAACUGUACAUUACAUAACAAUAAAAGCACCUAUUCCCCCCUGCUUUGUUGAACUACUUCAUAACACAUCAAUGUUGGAAAAUAAAUAGAGUGAAACACAUGGGUGGUCUGUCCUGUACCUUUUAGCUUCACCACUGCAGUCCAUCUGGUCUGGUGAACACAAACAGUUUGAAAAUCGUGUACAAUUUAUUACAUGUUUCAUGAGAAAUUAAUAUAAAAUUUAAAUGCAUGUAUUUAACUAAAAAACGUUACUGCAAGUAAUUAGACAAUGUGACCAGGAUGGUUUGACUUUCAACCUUUCUCAUGUUACCAGCGCCAUGUCCCAUUUGUAAUCCUAGAUAUUUCCCCAAUUAUUAUAACAACUGCAUGUGACAGAAAACCAAAAACACCAUAUAAAAUACUCCACUUCAUGAACAUGUAAAACCCUAAAGGCGUUUAUAAGGGAAUAUGCAGCUAAAUGAUAAAUAUUUAUAGUAAUAGUUACAUAAUAUAUAUAUGUGAUAUGUUUAUUUUGGUAAAGCACAUAUUGAAAACUUUUCCUGAACUUCUACAUGUGAAUGACUGACAUAAUAUUCAAGGUCACUAUAUGAAUGUGGCAGAAUUGUUUUUUAGUCUAGUCGUUGCAAGUUGCUUUUGUUGAAAUAAUAUACCUUUAUGAAUUCUAUUAAAGUUUAUUAUAAAAUUGUUUAUUUAUU